AUGGAGUUUGCCUUCAUCACUGACAAGUUAAAUGCCACCGAUAUGGUAACUGUAGGUGUACAUUCCCUUUGUCAGAGACUCAUAAAUUAUACGUGGUGCUAAUUACUAGGCUAAAAUUAAUAUUCUGUAUUCGUGCUUCAUCUACAGAUGGACUUUGUGGCAGUAGAACACACACCUGAAAAACUUCUUAUUGACAUGGGUUUAAAAAGAAAGGGCGAUCUCUAUACCUUAAAAGCUAUGUGCCAGACAAAGAAGAAAUCCACUGAUGAUGAUCCGGAGCGGGAGACCAGGAAGAGACAACUUCUUCAAGAAAUCGUCAAAGAAAAAGAAAGCCGAGGCAAGAAGUUUUCAAGGGUCGAUGACAAAUCAACUGCAGGAAAAAAAAUGAGCAAAACCAGACGAAUAUCUUUGGGACUAAUGCAGUAUAGCAAGAAGAGAAAUAAGUAUGUCAGUGUACGCUACUCAAAAGGAGGUGGCACUUGCUUAAUAGAUGUACCUUUGUCUAUGACCAAAGAGGAACUGAUUAAAGAAGGAAAAGUAUUGUUUUUCCAAAAUGGUGUCUGUCCUCUUGGAGGAGAGUCAGACAUGAUUUUUGAGCUCGUAAAUUUUAAAGAAGUAAUAAAUACCCUCAAGGAGAGGAAUGGUGGAGCAUUGCCUUUCACUGUGCAGAGGUAUUUUGAGUUUUACAAGCUGUCAAAAGUUCAGUUAUAUAUUGCCUGUAGACCACUUGUGGAUGACGAUUCUGACGAUGGAGAGCUUAUGACAAGUCCUUUCAGCGCAUCUGAUAGAGAAGACCUGGUGGACAAAGGAAAACAAUGGCGCAAAAGUCUGCAACCUGCGAGUAAGAGUGCCCAUUCAGAUAGUGCCGCUUCCACACAUUUUUCCAUCGCAGCCUCCACAGCUUCUUCUCCACCUUCCUCUGCAGCUUCCACUUCUUCUUCCACAGCUGCCUCUGCAGCGUCCAGCGGUUCUCCCCCAGCUGCCUCUUCAGCAUCCACAGCUUCUUCCAUUGCUGCCUUCAUAGUGCAAGACAGGGAUUCGUCCUGUUGCUUUACUUCCCGACUUGAUGAUGAGAGGAGGCUAAAAGCUGAGCAAGACAAGGAAUAUGAAGAAUCCCUUGCAAUUGAUUUCUUGAAGAGAAAGGCUUUAGAGGAUGAAAUCGCCGAGACGUCAAGAUUAGAAGAAGUUCGUCGCGCAAGAGAAGCCAGAGUUCCAGUUCAGCACAGCACAGCACAGCACAGGUUCUCAUUGUCGUACAACACCCUUUUCAGGGGAGGGUAA